AUGCAGGUGAGCAGCUGCCGCUCAGGGCCCUCGAGCUUUCCCGCGAACCCGCUCGUUCUAGCGCCCUCGUUGGGCCAUGCGAAUGCUAACCUCUCCUCUUCGCGUUCACAGUCUUCGGAACGAGCCCGCGAGCUGGAGCGCGUCUACCAGCAGCGUCGCGGCCAUGCGCCCCAGAUCUCCAUCAGCGACGAUAGUCACCACGUUACCGAAGCCAUUGGCGACCUAUACGGCCACGACGAAGAGUUCCCCAUGAGGCGCAACUCGCGACCCCUAAGCUUUAUCAGCAACCCGCACGGCGACAGCCUCGAGCCCUUCAACCCCUUCCCCGCGGCGCCGCCCAAAUCUCCCCUCCGUGCCCAGAUGAACCAGGAUCGACCGGCCACCACCGCAGCCCCCAAUGGCAACCCACCGCCUCUCGCGAGAAAAUCUUCGGCUGCCUCCAACGGACAGCUCUCUCCUACGCUGUCCACGCCACCCUUGACAAGAACCAACUCCGAUACCGCCACACAGCAGUUCCCGCUGCAUGACCUGGACUAUGAAUCGAGCCCUGCGGGCCUCGCCCAGGAGCUCAGCAACUUGCAGGCCAUACGCCGCAUGUCCAUGGACGUAAAUACUGCUGAUCCUGACCUACCAUCGUUCCAAUCGUUCAACGUGCCUGCGCCGCCUCAGCAUUUUUCCGAGGAUGAAGACCCGUCCAAGCUUUUCUGGGUUCCUGCACGAUUGCAUCCUGAGCUCGCACCGAAGGAAUUCAAAACAUUCAUAGAAGAGAAGGUUGACACGAUAAGACGGCGCUCUGGCGACAGUGAUUCGUUGUCGCCAGACGGUGCUUUGGGACGCGAGGGCUCUGGAGGGGGUUUGCGGCGGAAGAAGUCAAUGCUAUCGCGGCAGAUUGAUAGCGGCAGUGGCUAUCGUGAUGGUGCAGAGCGCCUCGAAAGAAAACGGUCUGGAACACAGCAGCCCAACGGAGGUUUACCCCAGCUGCAGGAGCUCGAGAACAUUGUAGAGGAUCCCGUUGCUCUAGUUCGACGCAUGAGCAUUGAUGCAGCCCGAAGGCAUUCAGGCACCGACCAAGACAUCCCUGAAGACGUUCCUAUUCUACCUGGCGCUGUUGCUGGACUAGGAAGUCUGAAGCGUUCCACGCGCACCAACUAUAGACGAGGUAGUAUUCGCAAAGGGGAGCGCGUCCCAUUCUCACGUCGGGCAGCGGUUGCAACGCAAGCUGAGACUGAUACUGAGGGAUCCCCAUCUGCAUCUCCGGUUCAAGGCAAAGAACAUGAGCUGUCUAAUCUUUCCCUGACUAGAGUGCAAUCCGAACCUUCAAAUCAAGCUGCGGAGAAUUUUUCUCGUCCGACACGAGUACGAUCGCCUCCUGGACUACGGCAAGCUUCAGCUUCGGUAGAAGACCUCUCAAGAGCGGAUUCCCCCGCAGAAGAUCGAAGACCUCAGCCGAAACCAUUCCAUUCACGAAUCGCGUCCAAUGGUCGAACAACGGCUACCUUACCGGGACACAAUGCUGCUCCGCAGCUACCCCAGAUCAUUGCUACUCCUCCCCCACCAGAGCCGCAGCGGAAACAAAUGCAAUUGCCCGAGAGAAACUCAUCACGACAACCCCCUCCUAGUGCUCCGCAACCUCAAGGUCCCCGGCAACCACCCCAACAGCAGCAACAACGUCCACCCCAGGCUGCACGACAGAACAAGCAUGCACAGGCCGCGCAGUCGUCGCCCAUCAAGCCUGGGCAAAGCAUGGAUGAUCUUGUAUCGCAUCCCUCGUCUCUUCCUGGAAACAGCACAAGGACUGACACACUCUCAAUCAUCCCGAAUCUUGUCGAAGAGAAGAAACCGGAGAAGAAACACAAAGAUAAGAAAGACGGGUCUGAAGGUGGUUCGCGCAAAACCAGUUGGGGUUGGUUGCUAGGAAGUGAUGACAAGGAACGUGAUAAGAAAGACAAGGAAGAAAAGGACAAGGAGCUUGCGAAGAAGGUCAAAAACAAGUUGAGCAAGACACAGGAUAAAGGUCAAAGUCAUGACGAUACCAGGCUUGACGUUCUCCAGACCUCUAUCCAGGGUAGUAACAGAGGCCGCGAGAGCGUGGUCAUUGACCGGGAAAGUGUCAAGCUCGAAGAAGAGCGCAAGAAAGAGAGUAGCAGGAAAUCCACCGGGCACGAAAGCAAGAAAGAGAAGGAGUCAGGCCUCUUCUCGUCCAUCUUUGGCGGGGGAAAGAAGAAAGGGGAAAAAGAAUCGCAUCACAAGAAAGGAAAUUCAAUGCGUGGGUUGUCCCCUGAACCGCCACCCCGGAUACUCAAGCCAGACAUCGAUUAUAAUUGGACACGGUUCUCCAUCUUAGAGGAGAGAGCCAUUUACCGCAUGGCUCAUAUCAAACUCGCCAAUCCUCGUCGCGAGUUAUAUUCACAAGUCCUACUGAGUAACUUCAUGUACUCGUAUCUCGCCAAAGUUCAGCAAAUGCAUCCGCAAAUUCAAAUUGGCACGUCGGCGCAAGCCAAGCAGCAACAACAACGCCAAGCUCAAGCCGCCGCGCAGCAGAAGAAAGAACAAGAGCAACAGCCGGAGGAGUAUUCCCAGUACCAGCGGUAUCAGCAGCAUGAACAGCCCGAGAAAGAUGCACAUCAUAACAACAGCUAUCAGCAGCAGGAACAUGCUGGUUCUGAGUCUCAGUAUGAGAACGACCACCGGCAACAGCAAUAUCAACAUCAUCAAGACCCACGUAUGAAUCAGCGAGACCCAAGAGAUUCGCAUCACUCGACGUAUGAAAGUUCCAAUAGUGGCUAUAGUGUUGCAAACAGCUCGAGUUACAUGGGGCAACCAAAAGCUCAGGGAUACGGGGGCUACGAUGAUUCCGAUCAAAGUAGCAGGGACGACGACAUGUGGUAG